UUGGAAAGAACGAAAAUGGGGGGAGCGAUGUUUUGGUCGUCCCUUUUUGUGCUUUGUUUUACAACGAGCUCUGUUUUUGCUUGUUGUUGUGAGAAAGACUUAUGCUUGUUGAAAGCCCUUAAAGAGCUGAAGGAAUGCAAAAAAUGUGCACUGGAAGCAUCUCUAAAGCCUCUUCUACUAGAAAAGCUUGAAAAGAAGGAAUGCUCCUGUUCCCUAUGUGCUAAAGAGCCUCCACCACCUCCUACGAUCCUUCUGAUGCCAUCGGCUCCACCACCGUGCCCCACCGCUCUAGCACCACCACCCACACCUCUAAUUCUUCCAGUACCAUGUGCCCCACCUGCCCCCAUGCUGUUACCAGUCCCUUGCGCUGCACCAGCUCCUGUAUGUGAGCCGGCACCGUGUGCUGCCCCAGCACCUUGCGCCGCACCUGCUCCUAUGGUAUACGCAGCGCCAGCUCCUGCCCCUAUGAUGUUGCCUGCGCCUUGUGCACCACCUGCCCCUAUGAUUAUGCCUGCCCCAUGCGCGCCGCCUGCCCCAAUGAUGUUGCCAGCGCCAGCUCCUGCCCCCAUCUUCAUGUCAGCGCCGGCACCAGCGCCAGCGUAUGCCCCUUGCCAGGCUCCUGCCCCCAUAGUGAUAUCCCUUGCCCCUCCCCCGUGUUCCUGCGCCCCGCCUGCCCCUGCCCCUCUGCCUAUGAACGCAUACAUGGUACCAGCGCCUGUUCCAGUAUCUUUGGAAGCUAAAACAUGUGGAUGCGGAUUCCACUAUUAAUUUGCAAUGUUAUAAAAUACUGCAAACGUAAAAAAAUAUUAGAGAAAUUAUAA